AUGUUUGACAAGAGCAUCAUGGAGGACAACAGUGAAGAAAUUCAGUAUUGCUUUCCAAACAACAAUUUAUCAUGUUUCAAAGAUGUCAAACCUGAAGUGGAGUACAUCAUUUUGUACAUGUUCAUUUCUUUAUUAUCAGUGUUUACUGUGUUUCUGAAUCUGCUGGUGAUCAUCUCUAUCUCUCACUUCAAGCAGCUGCACACUCCAACCAACCUGCUCAUUCUCUCUCUGGCUGUGGCAGAUCUGAUUGUGGGACUAAUUGUUAUACCAUUCAUGGGCAAGAAGUGUUACGGAGACUGUUCGGUUUCUUUCAAAUCUGAACAUGUUGUCACAGACCUCAUAGUCACUUUUGUUGCCCCUUCUUCUGUAAUCAUGUCUAUAUAUGUGAAAAUCUUCUGUGUUGCGAAAUAUCAGGCCAAAGUUGUAAAUUCUGUCACUGGUGUCAGCAGGUCACAAAGAAAGGCAGCAAAAACAUUGGGGAUUGUGGUAAUGGUUUACUUUAUGUGUUGGAUACCAUACUAUAUAGUCACUCUUAUUGAAGGAAAUGAGUCAACUGUUGAAUUUAAUGUUACAUGCUGGAUUUUGUACAUGAAUUCCUGUAUGAAUCCACUUAUUUAUGCACUGUUUUAUAAAUGGUUUAGAAUAUCAGCCAAACACAUAAUGACUCUAAAAAUUUUUAAACCAUCAUCAGAAUUCUUUAGUCUUUUCCCAGAGGAUAAAUGA